UGCGUAUGGGGAAAAGAUCGAAGAUAUGCUAGGCAAACGUAUUAUAGACAACAAAUCUAUAUCUACAAGUAAAUACAUGUAUGCGUUAUUUAUAGCUUGCAGGAUCGAAACCGAUACUAACAGAAUUUAAUUCAAAGAAAUUCAACAGUUCUGGUAUAUGUUAAGCAUGUGCAUUUGUAGACAGAAAAAUGGAGGAUAAGGAACUGGUAGAUCUAUUAGAAAAUAGACUCGAUUUAAACAGCAUGACAUUUAUUGAGAAUCGAAAUGGAUACAUUAACGAAGGGAAAGUGUUUCAAACAGAUGGCGAAAACAGAAUAUUUGUGAAAGUAAACAGAAAACCAGGGGCACGGCUCAUGUUUGAGGGAGAAGUUGCAAGUUUGAAAGCAUUGAAACAAACAAAUGAAGUCAGGGUACCAGAUCCAAUAAAGAUAGUAGACAUUCCGACUGGUGGUGCAGUUCUGGCUAUGGAGUUCCUGGAUAUUGUGGAGCUUUCGAGUCAGCAGGCGGUUCUGGGCGAGAAACUAGCACGGUUACAUUUGCAUAAUGACGGAUUACGUCGACGAGCUAAGAAGGCCGAAUGUACAAUAGGUGCAUACGAACAAAGUCCAACAGCCGUGGAUCAAUUUGGUUUCGAGGUGACUACCUGUGUCGGCUUUGUGCCGCAACAUGUCUCCUGGUCGGACGACUGGACGACAUACUACUCCAGUUUAUUGGAAUAUCGGAUCGGUUUGGUUGAAACGCAAGCUUCUUCAGCGGUUGAUAUGGAACUUGCCCGAAAAGUGCGCGAGCUAUGGACACAAGUAUUACGACUUUUGCCAAGCCUAUUUAGGAACCUGGACAUCAAACCAUCUUUAUUGCAUGGCGAUCUCCACAGCUUCAAUUCGGGAGAAACUAUAAAAGGUGGACCAGUAAUAUUUGAUCCAGCCUCCUUCUACGGACAUUCCGAAUGUGACCUCGCCGUGGGAUUUGCGUUCAGUGGCUUCAACGAUCAGUUCUAUGAUGCGUAUUUUAGAAAAAUUCCAAAAGCCCCUGGAUUUGAAGGAAGACUAGAUCUAUAUAUGCUAAAUCAGAUCUUAAAUUAUUGGAAUCAUUUCGGUCCAAAGCAGCAACAACGAACCAUUGAUUUAAUGAAGAAAAUCGUGUCGACAACCCCACAAUGAUAAUACUUUGAGCGGGGUUUGCCUUUAGCCGGAAUAACGAUUUUCUAAUUCCGAAAAUGAAAGCUAAGCGUAUGAAAAUUAAAACUUAUAAAA